AUGUCGUUGCUACUCGCCAAAGCGAAGCCGGUCGACUUUGAACGGUGCUUCACGCUCCGUCUCGAGGCAGAAGAGCCUCUUAUUGUUGGCAAGACGUCGUACUCGUCUCGUGGAAUCGUACGGCUCACGUCAGGAAGGCUGCGGGGAUCGAAUGUAGAAGCCGACCAGCUCAGCUGCAGCCUCGACGAAGUCACAUUCAGCUCCGAUGGAUUCGUAAAACAAGCGGCCAUCAUGGUGCUACGGACACAGGACGGUGCGAUAUUGUUGCUUCGCUUGGAAGGACAGAAGCCACAGAGCGCUGCUGCGAGGAGCUCCCUUUUGGAAGCGCAGAGCGGGUUUGUGCGAGGGACAUGGGACACGAGCGAGUUCCUGACCAAAGUCUCCUUUGAGACGGCUUCGGAGAAGUAUUGGUGGCUGAAUCACGAGAUGUUCUUGGCUCGUGGCGUCGAAGAGUCAGCCGUCCCGAGUGGCGCAGUAGUCUGUCUAGAUAUUUUCAAGGUGCGCUGAGGAAUUUGAGCCGAGACAGACGUUACGGAAUGGCAAACCAGCCUGCAAGCCCAAGACCAGUAGACAGAAGAAAGCCGAUGUACU